CUCAAAUGAAGUUAUUACUUUUUUAUUAUUAUUUAUGUAUGUAUGUAUGUAUUUGUUUAUUUAUAUAAACACAACACCGAGGCUGCAGUUUGACAGCCUUAGAUGUUCUUCCCCGAGCGGUGCACAGUCAUUAAUCAGACUAUGCGAGUUGCCGGGGACUGAGCUAGAAGACUACGGGACACCACACCACCUCACACUACGCUGCCUGCCUUGCUGCUCCUCGCCGCCUCUCAGAUGUUCUCUUCAAAUGCAGAUGAUUUAAGUUAAAAAAAACCCAAAACAAUAGGAACUGUGUUGAUACAAAAGCGAUUUGUACAAUACCACCUGCUAUUUAGAGAGAGAGAGAGAGAGAGAACUCUUUAAAUGAUUGAAACAUUUUUACUGUUUGUAACCACUAGGGGGACCAAUGUACGAUUCUUUGGGGGAAAAAAAAAAAAAAAAAAAAAAAAAAAAAAAAAAAAAAAAAAAGAAAGAAAGAAAAAAAAACUGUCCCGACUCAGCUCAGAGGAAGAAAGCAGUCGGUAGGAUUACCUGUGACUUCCCUUCCAGCUAAGAAAACCAAAACGGUUUAAACUUCCUUUAUUUUAAUUUUUAUUUAAUUUAUUUUUUCUUACAAAAAUCUAGAGUUGAGAAAAGCAUUCAGAGCAAGCAGGGCCAAAAGCCGAUUGCCAGCAAGCAGCCUGAGCUCCAAUGAUUUUUGUCUGAAGCAGGUCAAUGAAGAUUCCUGAUGCUGCUGUGGUGCCGCGCUCUUAUUGUACUGCAGGAUCAUUUUGUGCAUUUCAACUUUUUGAGCCUUGCCUCCAACUUUAGGCAAAAAGUGGCUAUCAAAUGUGUCAGAUAUAAGCAUUUUUUUUUUUACUGGAUAAAAAGGAGGAUAGCCCUGUCAAAUGAAUAGUGGGGGUGUAUAUGCGUGCGUGCGUGCGUGUGUGUGUGCUCUGAUCUAUAAUGUUUUAGGUGGGAAAUCCGAAAAGGAAAUUAUCCUGAGCUCUCUCCAAACUGAUUGAUUACUUACUUAGUCAUCACUCUAGUUUAAUGGGAUCCAUUCUAUUGGGAAGGUGGAGCACUUGGGUGAAUUAGCAUAUUUUUUUUCCCUCAAUCAGUGUUCAAGUGUGUCUUACUUUUUUCGUUAAAGAAGGGGCAAAGAGAGGGGGUCGUGGCUUAUUUAUAAAGGAAAAAGAAAAAAAAAAUAACAGCAUCGCCGUGCUUGGCUUUUUUUUCCCGGAGAAUCAGUGCCUUGACAAGCUGCUAAUUCACAGUCAACAACUGGGAAAGACCCCGAGGAGAAUACUGAAGAGCUAUAAAAACUGGGGGACAUUUAAUUGUUUUUUCUUUUUUUUCUUUUCUUUCCCCUUUGCUUUCUUUCAUUUUUUUUUUUUUUUUUUUUUUUUUUUUUGAAAAUGAAACUUUGGACUUUGAACAUCUUUCUGUCUUGGCUCUUGUUUUUAAACCUGACUUUAUUAUGCGAUUGUGGAGCAACUCGCAGAACAGGGAGGUCUAAACGGGACUUGCUACGCCAGAGGGACGCUAGUCGACCGUUCCAGGGGGCUUGUGGGACCAGGUUGCCCCGGGGCAAACGCUCCAUACCGGGGAUGGAUCGACGAUUGCCCCGCCAGCACCAUCGCUCCUCCCAACCGGAGGAGAGCACACUCAGCCGGGGAAAGGCUGUAUACUUUACCGGCAAAGGGGACCAGCUGCGGCUAAAGCCGGGCACGGAGAUACCCAAAGGAAAAUUCACUUUGGAAAUGUGGAUCAAACCCGAAGGGGGGCAGAAAUCCCCGGCGGUGAUUGCAGGACUGUAUGAUAAAUGCUGCUUUACAUCCAGUGACCGAGGAUGGCUUCUUGGAAUCCAGGCAGUCAGUGACCAAGGCAACAAGGAUCCUCGCUUCUUUUUCUCCCUAAAAACGGAUCGAGCCAGAAAAGUGACCACCGUCACUUCUCAUCAUGAAUACCAGGCCAGUCAGUGGACCCAUCUUGCAGUUACUUACAAUGGAUUUCAGAUGAAGCUCUACGUGAACGGUGCCCAGGUGGCCGUAAGUCAAGAACAAAUUGGGGAUAUAUUCAGUCCUUUAACUAGGAAAUGCAAAGUACUUAUGAUUGGUGGGAGUGCUUUAAAUCAAAACUACAGGGGUUACUUAGAGCAACUGAAGCUGUGGAAGGAUGCCCGGACUCAGAAAGAAAUCAUGCGGGAUAUGAGGAACUACAAACAUGAAAAGAUGAUUCAUCUACCUCAGCUUGUUCUUCAAGAAAAUUUCCAAAUGAUGGAAAACAAAUGGGCAGUAAUGAAAGAUGGGGUCAGUCCACGAGUAGAGUUCAGUCACUUUCAUGAUUUGAUGCUAGACACUACUUUGGAACCUCCUCUAUGUGGGCAGACCAUUUGUGACAAUGUAGAAGUCAUCUCUAGUUACAACAAAUUCUGGACACUUCGCAAAGACAAGGUCGUCCAGUAUCGUGUUGUGAAUGUGUACGACGACCAUCACCGCAACCCAACAGUCACACAGCAGCAGAUACAGCUGCAGCACCAGCACCUUAACAAUGCCUUCAGCAAGUACAACAUUACCUGGAAGCUUAAUGUGGUGGAUAUAAAUAACUCCUCCUUGAGGAAUCGACUGGUUUUAGCCAACUGCGAUAUUGCCAAAAUUGGAGAUGAGAAUUGUGACCCUGAUUGCAACCACACUCUGACAGGAUACGAUGGUGGAGACUGUAAAAAGAUCACUUUCAUGCGCUACUCCAAGAAGACCGGCAAUGGUGUAUGCGAUAUGGAAUGCAAUGUCGAAUUUCAUGAUUAUGAUGGAGGAGACUGCUGCAAUCCGAUGAUUACAGAUGUCACCAAGACCUGCUUUGACCCCAAAUCAGAGCUCAGGGCAUACCUGGACGUCAAGGAGCUCAAGACGGUUCUAAAACUGGACGGCUCGACUCAUUUGAAUAUUUUCUUUGCCAAUUCCUCUGAUGAAGAUCUGGCAGGGGUUGCGACCUUUCCCUGGGAUAAAGAAGCACUAACACAGUUAGGUGGAAUUGUGCUAAAUCCUUCAUUUUAUGGGACUUUCGGACAUACCCACACGAUGAUCCACGAAAUUGGCCACAGCCUGGGAUUGUAUCACGUCUUCAGAGGCAUCUCUGAGAUUGAGACCUGCAAUGACCCCUGCCUGGAAACAGAGCCAUCAAUGGAAACGGGUGACCUGUGUGCCGACACCAACCCAACUCCGAAACAUAAACACUGCAGGGAUCCAGAACCAGGAAAUGACACUUGUGGGAAUGGUCACUUUGUCAGUACGCCCUUCACUAACUUCAUGAGUUACGCAGAUGAUGACUGCACUGAUUCGUUCACGCUCAAUCAAGUUGCGAGAAUGCACUGUUACCUGGACCUUAUCUACCAGUCUUGGCAGCAGUCCAGCAAACCAGCACCCAUCGUCGUCGCUCCUCAAGUGGUGGACCAGACUCCAGACUCCCUGACGCUUGAGUGGUUUCCGCCAACUGAUGGAAUUUUUUACAACAGAGAAGUGGGACCAGCAUGUGACAAAUGUGUUGAAGGGGAGGUUUUGCUCCAGUAUGCCUACAAAGCUUCAUCGCCAAGGCCUUGUGGUCCCAGUGGUCAUUGGAGUCCCCGUGAAGCUGAAGGCCCCCCUGAUGUGGAGCAAGUCUGUGAGACCAGCGUUCGAACAUGGAGCCCAGACGCUGGUGUGGAUCAGCAGACCGUGGCCCCUGCCUGCCCUGAGCCCCAAGGCUGCAUGCUGGAGCUGGAGUUCCGCUACCCUUUAGUCCCAGAUUCCUUGACCCUGUGGGUGACCUAUUUUUCUCUAGAGAUGGGCGCAAUGGGAACAAUUCAUAACAUUGAAGUUUUGACAGUGAGUGGCAACAAUGUGUCCCUUGGCCCCCAGAACAUCUUCUGUGAAGUCCCUCUCACAGUGAAGCUCACAGUGUCUGAGAAGGUUUACGGCAUUAAAGUUUUUACGAUGGACGAAGGGUUGGAAAUCGAUGCUGCCCUCCUUACAUCAGUACCCAACACCCUCCUCUGUUCUCAGUGCAGACCAAUCCAAUACACUGUGGUGCGUAAUCCACCAUUUUCAAGUGGGCCAACUGUUACCAUCUCAGACCUCAGCCGACGAUACAUCGAUAGAGAGGUAGAGCCCAGCUCACAGUACACAUAUGAAGUGUUUACUACAGUGAACUCUGUGAAUAGUGAGCCUUCUCCAAAACUCUUACAUCAGCAUGGAUCAGCUUACUGUGGAGAUGGACACAUUCAAAGGUUCCUAGGGGAAGAGUGUGAUGACCUAAACAAAGUCAAUGGAGAUGGAUGCACCAGUCACUGUCGGAAAGAGCCAUUUUACAAUUGUGUUGGUGAGCCCAGCUUGUGUUACAUCUACGAAGGGGAUGGGAUAUGUGAAGACUUUGAAAGAAGAACGAGUGUUCGAGACUGUGGACUGUACACCCCGAUAGGUUUUCACGAUCAGUGGGCAUCUGAUGCUGUGGCUUCUCAUCAAGACAAAGUGAAUUGUCCUGUGCAAGUUGUAAUUGGACAACCGCUUGCCACCAAGGUUUGCCAGAGCAAAGUCUUUGAGCUGACGGAGAGAGUUUCUCAGUACUCCUGGUUCCCUUGCCCAGAGGCGCUUCAGCAGCAGUCCUCAAUGGUCUCCCAGUUCUGGAUGAAGGCAUUUUUUAGCCAGCCAAUGGUGGCUGCCGCAGUGAUCAUUCACUUGUCUGCUGAUGGAACCAGCUUUAUGGACCAGAGUCAGAAGACUAUGACCGUUAAGUUGAUUGAUACCAAGGAUCAAGUACAUGAUUUGGAUAUUCAAUUUUUGAGCUGCAGGAACAAUCCUCUUAUUAUUCCAGUUGUUCAUGAUCUCAGUCUGCCUUUCUAUCGCACCAAAGCCAUUUUGAUCUUCUUCAGCUCCCAGUAUGUGGCAAUCUCUGGUGUGGCACUGCGCUCUUUCCAGAAUUUUGAUCCUAUAACCAUCAAUGGCUGUCAGAGCAAUGAGAUCUACAGCCCCAUGGAGAAGAGUUGUGUUCACUACUCUUGUGAGGCUUUAGACUGCAUGGAGCCUCUCAUCAAGAACGCAGUAGUCAACUGCAGUCAAGAAGGCAUCUUCUGCACUGUGAUGUGCAAUGUGGGACAUGUGCUCCAGAUCCAGUGGGACGAGGACAUCACUUCGAGACAGCUGGGAUCAGCCAUCACCAUGACCUGCGUAGAUGGAAAAUGGGACAAAAUGGUCACCUGCAAACCUGUGGAUUGUGGCAUUCCGGAUAAAUAUCAUGUCUACCCUGCAACAUUUCACUGCCCAGAAGGAACAACUUAUGGCAAGGUGUGCGAAUUCCUCUGCAAGGAGCCUGCCAAGCUUCGAGGCACCAAUAAGACCCUUGUGUGCAAAGAGGACGGACUUUGGUCAUUUCCUGAGGCCCUUUGUGAGCUCAUGUGCUCCGCUCCACCGAUGGUUUCAAACGCCACCCUUCAAACUUCACGGUGUCGCGGCGGUGUCCACAAGGUCGGCGUUUUCUGCAAGUACAAGUGCAAGCCCGGCUAUCACGUGAAAGGCCUCUCCAAAAAGAUCAAGAGAGCCUUUAAAAUCCAAUGUACUGAAGAUGGGACGUGGCAGACCGGUGACUGUGUGCCUGUGACCUGUGACCCUCCUCCCGACAUGUUCCAUGGAAUGUAUCAAUGUACCAAGGAAUUUUAUUUUGACAGCGUCUGCCGGAUAAGCUGUGAUAAACAAGGAAAUCGAACUGGUCCGAAUAAUGAGAUCCGGUGCAGGAAGGAUGGUAACUGGACUGGUUCCUUCCAUGUCUGCAAGAAUAUAAAAGAAAAGUGUUUACCGCCACACGAUUUGAACCGGAACAUCAAACUUGAGUGCAACGAGGGAUAUGGCAUUGGAGCCAGGUGUACACCAACCUGCAUUUAUAACAACAGCAGCCCAGUGAGGCUUCUUAGUAACAUCACUGUCAUCGAGCACUGGAUGAAUCCACCGACUGUGCCGAGCAUUGUCUGCACAAUGGGACUCAAGUGGCAUCCUCAUCCAGAAGAGAUUCAGUGCAUCAAAGGUUGUGAGCCUUUCAGUGGUGAUAACUACUGCGAUGCGGUGAACAAUCGAGCGUUCUGUAAGUAUGAUGGUGGAGAUUGCUGUGCAUCAACAGUAAAAACUAAAAAGGUUAUUCCCUUCCCCAUGUCCUGCGAUCUCCACGGAGACUGCGCAUGUAGAGAUCCAGUCACCCAGGAGAACAAGCGUCAUUCUCAUGGCUGAGGCAAAUCAGAGGGACGGCAGAAUUGGUCAAAGGCAGACUGGGAGAGCCAUACAUUCCCUUUUUACAUGCUGCUUACUGGAAACCCUCUACAUUCAUCAUGAAUCUCACCCUCAGAUUUGAAAUGGUCUGCCUUUCUUUUCAUCAUCGGGGAAAAAAAAAAAAGAAAAAAGACUAAAGUGGGUAUAAACAUAAGAAAUUGAGAAACUCAAACUAACAACAGUGAAUGGAAUGAAACCAAGAUAAAUCAGGCUAGCAUGCUGUUUGCUUAGUUUUGUUCCCGCUUUAGUAGCCAUUUACUCUAAUCUCUUAUUUGGCAAGACAACCUCAAAAAAAAAAGAAGUAAAAAAGACAACAGCAUUUGUUUUUCCGUAUCAACACAAAGACUGUUCUCCUCAGUACGCAGAUUUUCAGUUGGUUGAGAAAGUACUAAUGAUGAAAGGGUGGAAGAACACAACAGCUUACAGCCAGGCUAAACGGGUUUCAACUUCUUCAUCCGAAUGCCAUAUCUGCAGAGGAGUUCUACUCUUAGGAAGGGAUGUAUCAAAAGUGGAAAAGGAGUCUAAAGAGAGUUCAAGGUUUUCGAGUGAAUACUGACAAAGAACAAUUAGUGACAAAGCAGAAAAUCAGUUUUUUCUUUCAACGUAUUUUCUUUUUUAGCAGAGUUGAUGAACCGGUGGAAUACGUUCUGCUCCUGUUUCUGUCAAAGAGUUAUGGCCCAAUGUAAAGGUGAAAGAAAGCAAGAUGUGGUUCAUGACCAGACAUUAACUUGAUCUCUCCAUUCCAUCUUUCCAGAAAGUCAUAGAGACGACCUUUAGAUUAACGGUGUUUCAGUUAAUAUGAUCAGGAAAAAAGUAAGUAGGGUGAUUGUUUAGAAAAGCAUGUUGCCUGGUACUGUAGCAUUGGCUCAAAAGACACAAAAGACAAGAUCGUUUUGGACUGCUAGGCUAGGAUGCCAUUUCUGCUGCUGUUCCUUAUUAUAAAAGUUUUAACAUUUUCAUAGCAGCUUAGGAGAGAAGAUAAAAAGAAAAGUCAAAGAGGUUACGAGAGACCUCUAGCCUUCAUUGUGCAUCUUCUUUUCAUUUUUCUGGCAGGUAGGAAAAAACAAAAACCAAAACAAACAAAAAUAAAAAAGUGCUGAGCUUGACUUCAUUCACGUACUGAUCAUCAGUCCAGAUCAUUGGCUUUAGGUUAGAGGAUGGUGUGCAGAAAUCAUGUGAAAGACCAAUCAAAUUUGGUCAUUUGUAACAUUAGAAGCACCGAUUGGCCAAGUAAAAAUAACACCUUUUAUAGUAAUUCUAAAAAAAGAAAUCUUGUCAUAAAAUUUAAAAUGAGAUUAUGCAAACCUAGAAAGCGUGAAAAAAAAAAAAAUAAAUUGUCACAUUGUCACAGGUAAUGUUAGGAAAAGAAAAGUAAAGGCAGUCGGUCUUAUGUUAGUUGUUUUUAUAUUGGAUGGAUCUGUAGUUAAUUCAGCAUUGGGUCAAUAAUCACAUCUGCAUUCCUAAUGGCUGUUCAUGUUCAUUUUAGCACCAACUGAAUGUAAUCACAUAUCAAUUUAAACUCAGACGUACAGUACUGUACUUGCACUGACAACAGUAUUGUUGACCUGCACCUUGUGUUCAAGUAUUAGCUUGUGGAUUUCUCAUCUCAGUUUUUCAGUGUUAGCUUUCGUACAUUCAGUUGAGUAGCCAAACUGUUUUUUUUUUUUUGUUUUGUUUUUGUUUCUUUUUCCGGUGCUAAUAUCAGUUUACUUCUCUCAUGACCUCAAGAAUGUAAUAAUCAACACCCUCAACAGAACACACUGCUCUGUAGAGCUUAUGUAUGUUUCGCUUCUUGUUCAGUAUUUUGCUCCAGCAUUAUUCUAAAGAAGUUGACAGUAUCCUUCCAUAAAUAGCGUCUAUGCAAACCUUAUAACUUUUAAGUUAUGUUUUUAAAAUUCCUAUGAGUGCAGCAAAGCAAUGGAACAAAACAGAAUGAAUACAUGUAUAUAUGCUGACAUAUGCCUCUAUAUGCAGUUUGUGUAUGUACAUUAUAUAUAUGUAUAUACACCCGUGCAUAUGCAUCUUGACACAUACACAUGUUACGUACAAAAAACAUCAUCAAGUAAUACAACACUGCAACAUACGAAAUAAAAAAAUAACUAGAGAAAAUUAUUUAAAAUAUAUUUGUAAAAUUUUAGGCAAAUCAAUAAACGUAUUGUCAAUAAAUGUAUUAUGCUCAAUCACCAAAAAAAAAAAAACACAAAAAAAUAAGAAAAACAUCAAAGUAUAAUUUGAACAGCAAAAAUUAUGGCUGCAGACAUUUUCUUUUCUUUCUUUCUUUCUUUCUUUCUUUCUUUCUUUCUUUCUUUCUUUCUUUCGUUUUUUUGCUUUUGUGCUUAAUAUUGAUUUUCUGAAUACAGAGCCCAUGAAGUGACAUGAGUAAAAAAAAAAAAUUCAUAUUUCUUUCAGAAGAACUUAUUUCUUUUAGAAAAUUGCAUACUCGCACGACAUUUUACACUUUCUCGUUUUUUUGUUCACGGCCCUUUAUGGGCUCCAUAUCCUAACGUUUAGUAACACCAUAGUUAGAUGUGAUUAAGAUUUUAUCCCAAUAAAAAAUGAAUAUGUGCAAGUAUUAUUUAUAAAUAUAUUUUAAGUAAUUUUCCCUGGUUAAAUUUUUUACAUGUUUCUUACAUGUAAAUGUAUGCAUACACACAGACACGCAUUACAUAUGUUAAUAUGAACUGCAUAUAUUUACAGUGUGCGUAUAUAUCAGUAUUUUAAAUAUGUUGUGUGUUGAUGUAAAUUGGGUAUAUAGAGUACAUUUAGCACACACAAACAUGCUAUACGAUGUCUUUAUACAAGACAUCUUUUAAAAUGUUCACACUUACAUCAAGUCAAGUGGCUUUCUUGUCAUACCAUCCAUACACCGGAAUGUGGCAUACAGUGGCAUGCAAUAAUGUUCCCCAGUACCAUGGUGCAAAAUAUACGUUAGCACAGAACAAGCAAGACAGGUAAAGAGAGCUAUGUAAUGUUUAUCAAUGUAUCCAGAAACCAUACUCCCUGACACAUGACUCACCUCUUGCUAGUUUCUUUUUGUCACCCAUUUGCUCUAAAACAUCUUUGACAACAACAAAUAAAUAACUAAUACCCUUUAAUAUACCAAUGGUUGUUUAGGUGCAUACACAUAUAAUGCUAGAAGCACCUACUGUGGUUGUCAUGUCUGUCUCUGCGCCUGUCUUGUGUCCAUGAAACAACUUGGGUCCUAGUGGACCAGUUUUAUUCAAAUUCUACACAAUUAUUCUUCAAAAAAAAUUUGCCUAGACAGUUCAGUUUUCAUUAUAAUAUCUUGAAUAGGACGUGCCAUACACAUUUUUGAAAUUGUGAAACCUCCUGGUGAAAAGCAUUGGCGGAUUUGUGAAUUUGUCUAUGUUAAAACAGCAAAACAUUCUGUGCAAGAUUUACAUUAUGGGUUAGUUUACUUUUACAAAUUUCCCUUGAAAGUGGUCACUUCAUCUUGUGUAUUUUGUAUAUUGUUCUCUUUUAUUUGUCCGAGAGUUUCUCCUGAUGGCAAAACAGAUCCCUAAUAUAAGUUAAUCAAACAUCGAGAGAGGUGCACACGUAAACCACUUGCAUACCAGCUCACUUCUCACUACUGCUGCCACGUUAACCAUAGAAGUAAAAAAGUCAAAGUCAAUUAUCUAGAAAGGAAUAAAUGUAGGAUUGAAAGAAUUAUGUAAGCACAUGUAAGCAUAGAAUGAACAAAUACAGUGUGUACUCAGUAUUGAAGUACUUAACUUUUCAUUUUUAGAAUUGUGUAUUUCUCUGACGUAAAGCUCCAGAUCUGCUCUCCAUCAUGGGCCAAAGCAGAUAGCAGUUUUACCUUGAGAGUCAAUAGAGACUUUAAGUCUCCACUAGCUACGUCUUUCAAAACUAUUAUGUGUUAAGAAAUUUGAAAUAUAAUUAGUCACAAACCCUCCACAACCAACAGCUACAUUAGGAGAUAAAUCAAUGCAGUUUUUACAGUGCUUGAACUGGAAUCUGCAGUCUAUGACUGUUUGGCUACAUUCUUCACUAUGUACUGUUAAAACUAAUAUACUUUAUAUGCAUUAUUCUACUAAAACACAUAACUGCAUUCAAUUAUAAUCAUUAUUUGUGAAUAUAACACACUGUUACAAAACGAUAAAAAUGAAAAAAAAAAUGCUCUAACUUUCGAAUCAGUUAAUUAAAUCCUCAAAUAUGCUUGAACCAUGUGUACCUUCUCCAACUUGUUUGUCAAUGCAUUGAGUAAUGAGUUCCAUUAUGAUGUGGCUCAAGUCGGACCAAUCUACAUAUUAUUGGCCUUAGACCAAUUACCCAGUAGUGCGGCAGACUGUAGAACGUAAGAGACCUUCAGAAUUCAACGUGAUGUUACUGUGGAAGAAUGAAGUAGAUAGGACUGGUGGACUUUGUUGGGCUGAAAGGCCUGUUCACAUCUAAUUUUUGUCUAAUGUUCUAAUUAAAAUUUCACUGUGGCAUAGGCCAGCGUUUCUCAACUUUUAAGUAUUUGCGACCCGAGUUUUCAUAACAGUUUUAAUUGCGCCCCCCUAACGUUUUUUUUGAAACCCUAAAAAAAUGUAUUUCUCUAUUUUUUGCUGCAGAUACACCGCUACAAAUUAAAAUUUUUCCUACAAAUAGCGAAAUUAUGCCACAUAUGGCAACAUUCGCGCCCCCUUUUUUGUUACUUUUACUUGCGCCCCACAGUUUGAGAACCGCUGUCAUAGGCCAAGCAACCUUUAAUUGGAAUGAAAAGUUUCAGAAUGAAUUCAUAUAAUCAGAGACGUAAAUUUAUCCCAUAAUGCAAAUUGUACACAGCAUGGACAUCUCGGCGGUUGUUUAUUUUUUUUAUGGUUGUCAAAAAAAGCAAAGGUAGUCUAUCCUAAGUUUGGUGUAAAGAGAGGAUGGAUCUCUAAUUAAUUCCCCUUUUAAUUCAACAAUCCCAUUAACAGAAAACAUCACUAUGGCGUUUAGAAGCAAAUGCUGGACAAAUUCAAAAUUCCCACUGCCUCGGUACAAUUCAAUAUUUGUUUAGGCACCAUACAAAAAUCGUUUUUGAGGUUCGUAAUGAGUUCUAUUUCCCUUUGACACACUUUCUGCAUAAGUAUGUAUACACUCAUGUACAUAUGUAUAUAUACAUACAGUAUUCACUCAUGCAUAUGUAAAGUAUAUGUACGCAUAUAUACCACAUGUAUAAAUAAUGACAGUUUGCAAAAAUUACUGCAGUCAGAAACAGCCCGCAGAUAUAAUGCAUGUGGAUAUCAUUCUCACCUUCUUAAACAGCUGCAUCAUGAAAAUGGAAACAGCCCGGAGCCCGCUGUGCACAUUUGUAGUAGACCAUCAGUUGCCUGUGACGUUCUUGCUGUUAUAUUCUUUGUUCUGUGCCUAUAGCAAUAGAACAGUCAGUAGUAAAAAGACAAAAUUGAUUCUUUACAUGUUCAGCUGCAUUAAACCUGUCGUUGGUUGGUCAAGUUAUUGAGCUGCUAUUUAAAAAGGUAACUUGCAAUGCAAAUACUCAUUGAUUAGGCAGUUUUUCGUCCUGUUGAGUCGGCUCCCAUAAAUGAGUGCAUAUCCACCCAACUCAUGAACAGCAAGAGAGAGUUGAAAUUUUAAAUGCGAACAAGCGGGUGUAGUGCUGCUUUGACUUUCAUGCUGGUAAAAUGAAUGCAUGCCAAGUAAACUACACCCCUCCAGCCCCCCAACAACAAGCUGCUCAAGACUCUCCAUCUGAAUAUGACUUCUCUCCUUUUUAGAUUGAGCACCAAUUCUGGAUAAUUAGAGAACACACACCCACUUUUGACUGGCUGCCCAGGUUAUGACCUAUGCUGCUUAUUACUAAUGCCAGCAUUGUAUUGAAAUUAGUCCAACAACAUGAUAGCAAUGAAUUGCAUCCCGUUGACCGCUAUUCAUUUUGCGUGUUAGGUGUACAGAUCAUCAGAUAUGUCGUUAUAUGCAAAAUACUAUGAGCGACAGAAGAUGGCAUUCAGUUAGCAAACUCUAAAUACUCUGCAGAUUUGAUGAUGCCACCUUUUUCUCUGAUUGAUGCACAUUGGAGAUGAGGGAGAUAUAUAUGUUCCCCACCCUCAGUUUGUCGCAUAUAUCCUAGGGUAUCAAGUACCAUAUGUGUCUGAAUUUUCCAACUGAUUGAUUACAAACCGAUUUGUACUCUCUAAGGAAGCAAGAAAGAUGAAUUGAAUUGUGCUGCGUGCAUAAGGAAUAAACAUUGUUUUGUAAUGUGUUAUCAUCUUUAAAAUUUACAAUUCAACCUGGAGGAAACCAGUAAUUGAGUAGAGUCUGACGAUCACUUAUUAAUUCAUCAUGAAUACAGACACUUAUGGAAAAAUGAUAAAAUCAGGCAAACUGUUAACUUUCUGAACACAUGUCAUUUAAAGAUUAUCCAGACUUGCCAAAUGCAAGACAACUGACAUAUUUCUUCCUCUGGUUUUUUGACAAAAUCGAAAAGAAUGGUCUAGACAACAUAUCACUUGUUUCUCUCCUUUAUUUUUUUUUUUUUUUUUCCUUUCUCUUCCAUGGUUAUUUCUUUUAAAUUCUACUGCAAUAAACAAACAGUUGACAAUAAGUCUUUACGGCUGGCUAAUGAGGCAUGUUAAGCAAGCCUGGCUACCUCCCUUCUCGUUUCUUCACACUUUCUCUCGUUCUGUCUACUUUGUACCUGGUUAUAACUGUCGGUUCUUAUGGGUUUUUACCUGUGUUAAAAAAUAAAUAAAUAAAAUAGUCUGUGCUGCGAAAAGUUAACAGGAAGGGAAGAGGUUAUGCAGAAACCGCAUGGACCGAUUAGAGAAGUGGAAAUAAAGAAUGAUCGACAAGAUCACACAGUUUAAGGAACGAGCGGAGAGAUCGUUUUUCCAUAGAUAUAAGACAUGUUGUAGUGUCGGCUUUGUGCAUUGUCAUAGGUCCAGAAAUAACAAGGAGUAAGCGUUACAAAAUGUUUUAAGUGUUUGUAGAAGUGUUUUGGUUUUAAACUGUACUUCUGUUAAAUCAGUAUUUUUUAUUGAGCUCAGUUACUGCACUUGGUUAUUUGUAGAGUCAUUUUACAAAAAAAAAAAAGGCUACUUAUAUAAAAAGCUGCUAUGGUCGGACAGGUAAUUUUUAAAGGUUGAUUUAUUUGAACUUUUUUUUUUAUUUUUAUAUAUAUUUUUUGUUUUAUUUUUAUUUUUUUUUUAUUCAUUUGCUUUUAUUUUCCUAAGCUUAUAAUGGCUACGUAGUCAUCCACCGAAAAGGGACAAUCAGAGAAUACAAGAAGGCAGAUUUUUUUUCAAUCAAAAAUAUAUCGUCAAGUUGUAGGAAAAAAGAAAUCUGACUUUUGCAUUUUGUAAGUGAUGGCGGUGAAGAACGACGCGACAAAACUCAUAAUCCACCAUAAAUGGUGGGACAAUAGCUUUGGCAAAUAAUUGCAAAAUAUGUUUUUUUAUAUAUAGCUCUGAAAAAUGUAUCUUGGGAUAGUUAAUCUAAAUGUGCUUUUUUUGUUCAUAUUGUCAAAUUAUAUGUAAUUGUAUGCAAAAAUAUUGCUGCUUUUAACUUAAGUAUUAAUAGGGAAACGUUAAUAAACAUUCUAGCGAAUUACACAAAGGAUACUUCUGAUAUUAAAAAAAAAGAGAAAUUCUCCCUUUAAUACAUCACAGUCUUGUCUCAUCACACAGUUUUUUUUUUCUUUUAUUCUUAAUCAGCAAUUUUCAUAAAUAGCAGGUUUUGUUAUAUUUUGUUAUGUUAAAUUUGAACUUGCAGUUAAUAUUGGACCAAUCUGUUCAAUACAAAGUUCUGUUUUCUUGUACAUCUGGACUCAUUAGUUCUCAUCUUACCUGUCUGCAAAAUAGAAAUCAUACUGUGAUCUGUCAAAGUGAAAGGGUUUUUUUUUUUUUUCUUUCAUUUUUUUACUGCAGUUGUGAAACAUAAUUCAUUGUAUUAAUGGAUCUGAAUAUCUUUUCAUUGUUCAUUUAGGCAGGGCACCUUACAGAAGCCAUGAACAACUAACUAUAUUAUUCAUAUGAAGUUUUGGCAAAGAUGUUUUAAAGAACAUAAGUGUACCGUUCUACUGUAAUGUCACAGUAUCAUGUUUGCUGUACCUCAUUGCCUGUAAGUUUUGCUGCUUCUUUAAUUAGGAAUUUUAGUAAUUUAAGUCUCCUAGCAAUAUAUAUAAUGGUGUAAAUAGUAGAAUUAUUUAUUAAAAAUGUCAUCUUUUUUAUUUAUAUUUACACAAUGUUCACCUAAGUUAUUUUUUACAUUACAGUUUUUACAGACAUUUUGGUGUAAUAGAAAUUCUUUUUUCUUUUGUCUUUUCCAUCGCUGAUUCUCCCAUCCUAAAAUACAGGUCUAACCUCACUGCAAAACUGGUUAUGAUGUGUGAAGAAUACGCAUUGCCACUGCUAUGCACUGUCUUCCUCUAUCCAUGAACAAGGUCACUAGUAAAUGUUUGCACUCUACAUAUACAUGUAAUAUGAUACUGGUAUAAAUGUCCAAUAAUCAGCUUGUAAAUACAUUUAUGUAAGAUACAUAUAUGCAUGAUCUUAGAAAUUAAUAUUACCUUCACUUUUGGGUGCCGGGGGAUACAGAUACAUCAAAUCAGGACAGCUUUUAUUUGUCACAUACAAUUAUACACAGAUCGGAUCGGAUCGGAUCACAAGUUUACAUUUAAAUGCAUUUAACAUUUACACAGAACAGGUCCAGCCUGUUGUGUCCACAAAUGGAACCUGCUGACACAAGUUUGUUCCUCCCAAAGUCAUCAGCAUUCUGGCAUCAGAAUGAUUCAUCAUUAUAGUGUUGGUAACAUGCAGGGAAACGCUGAGAUGCAGAAGCUCAAAAAAUUGUUUAAAUAUUGUAAUAAACAACACCCCCUUCACCCUAACAUGAACUUUUGGCUUGGUAAAUAAAAGAGCUGCUUCGGUCUGAUAAGUGGCUUGUAGAUUGGAGUAAGAUGUGGUCAGAUCUGCCCACUUGUGCCACAGGUUUACAUUUAAAGGCAUUAACAUUUGGAGAGAGCAACUAAAGCAAAUAAAGCUUGUCAUGUCCGCAAAUGGAAAGUGCUGAUAGAAGUCUGUUCCUUCUAAAGUUCCUCUGGUUGACGUCACCAGCAUUUCAGGGUCAGAAUGAUUCAUUGUUAGAGUUUUGGAAACCGAGUGAAUGAUUUUUCUUGAUGAGUUAAUAAACAAUAAUCUGCAUGAUGUAACCUGAUUUCCCUAGGCGGUAAUGUGGAUGAAAUCGGUCAGUUUUUCAAUGUAUGCAUUUUAACUGUAAUGUGCGCACUCACAUUUUUUAGCAUUGCUCAUUCAUAUAGAUGUUCUGUUCCCCUCCUGGCUUUUUCCACGGCAUCUGAUCAUAUCAGAAGAAACCUGUUCAGCAUUAAAAUGGUGUCUGGAAUAAAGCAUUUUAAGUCUGUUCUCUGAGGAAGACAAUAUGCCACAGCACCUGAACUCGUUGUGAUUCACCAUGAGAUGUAACCGUUCAUCCAACUUUUUCCAAAUAGUUAUAUGGAAGCCGGCCUGUUCUGAAUCCUUUCCACGUUACUUUCAUCCUCGCUCCAGAUCUUCUCUCUUUUCAUCUUUUGAUGAGUUGCUCCUCCAAUAAAGUGUUACAGAGCCAGUGCCACCAGAUGAAUACCGGGAUACUUAAUAUACCCCAAUUUAUGUUCCUUAGAGUCCUUGACAUCCUCAAAGGCUGCAAACAUAAGGUAGCCAUCAGAUUGUCUUCGUUCUCUCUCUCAAGUUCGCAACUUGUCCAAAGCGGCAGUUGAGAUAAGCCGAUGUUUGGGUAGGCGAUGACAGCAGCAUAGCAUCAGUUUAAAAAUGCAUUUAUAAAUUUAUAAUGAGAAGCCAAUUUUAACAUUAAUAAUUAUUUUUUUAAAAAGUUAUCAAAAACUAGGGAAAAAACAGAAAAAAUCCAGAGCUUCAGUAAUACAUAUGGUCUGACAAAUAUUUUUAAAUCUACUAUUGUUAAAUUCAAAGCUUUAACAUAGUACACUCCAUAUACAUAAACCAUACUACCAACUAAAACUUUAAAGAUUUUAUUCCCUCAGUAUAAUAAGCUAUAUAGAUUUACGUAUAUGCAUAUCAAAAAAGAAAUCACACAUGUCUAAAAUAUUUUUCACACAUUUUUAGAAGGGGUGGUACAGUGGUUAGCAUGGCUUCAUCAUAGAUUCCACAUUCUGGGUUGGAAUCCCACACUGGCCAGAGCGGUUUUCUGCCUUUCCCCCAAUAUUACACGAGUUGAUGUUGGCCUCCACAAUCCUAAUUUGAAUUAAGUGGGUUCAAGAAAGUGAUGAUUUUCCCCUAGGUGACUUACAAAACCAUUACACAUAAAGCAUAUUUAGAAUGGUAAAGACUUGGAUUUUUCCCUCCAUUUCUGCACCAUAGAAAAAGUCUUAGCCAGCCUGAACAAUCUUCGUCACCCACAUUUCUUCUACCUCGUCAAAACCUUUCCACUCGUGUGUUCACCUUUCUUUGAAGUGAGAGGUCAAGCAAACUGACACCUUGGCUAACUAAAAUUGAUUACAAAAGGCAAGCUUUCGAGGCGACUCAGGCCCCUGAACUACAUUCAUGAUGGCUAACAUGGUACAACACCCUAGUACUUUCUGCAUCAUGUAAGCCUCUUCUUGUGGGGACGAGUCUGACCUCUUCUUCCAACCAACCAGAUCUGAUGACAUCUCGUACGAGUUGAUCAUCAAUUAGUAACUGAAAACAUUUUUUUCUCCUAGAAGAAAAUUCUGGGAGAGCUUCAUAUUCAAAAAUAAAAAUGGAUGUAAUUACUGAGUCCACUCCUUUUAGAAAACUCAUAAAAUACUGUAUUUUGUACAGAGAGUUGAAAUCAUUUACUUAAACGGACUAUUGCGUUUUCACUUCCUCUCCAAACACAGGGAAUAUGAGGUGGGCCCGUCACAGCACACAUAUACUAGAAUGGAGGGCUUUCAACUUGAAAUUAGGAUGCGCUGUCCCAUCUUCUUGUGUAUUUCUAUCAGUAGUCUUAAGGCACGCCGUUGGAUUGGUACGUCACAUUAAAUAACCCUGGCGUGUGGGUCUGAUUGGUAUCCCUUUCAUGAAUGCUCACAUCUUCACUACCAAAUGUACAGAAUAAAGGAAUACUGAUAUUUGUGUAUCUACUCAUAUAUCUAUACCCACAUUUACGUAUAACCAAGUGAAAAAGUAAUAACAAUCUUGUUUUAUUAAGAUCUAGAAAAGACUUUUGAAAAGACGUCUGCCAUUCAUUUUCAGUAUAUCAACUGUUCUCCUUUAAAGAUGGUGCGCUAAGGGUAAUAUUUUCCUUGACCAGAAUUCUUUUUCAAUGUCGAAGUUUUUCUGUUUCAUUUCUAAAACAUUCCAUUUAUUUGAAUAUCCUUCUUUGAUGUAUACAUUAUUCGUUCAUAUUCUGAUCAAAAAGGUCUGCUAAUACUAUGUUUUCCACUAAUAGAAUUCCAUAUUAGUAUAGUAGGCAGGAUCACCCUGAAGGAGUGUUGUGACUCAGUGCGCUUGUUUCAGGCACAAAUUGUGUUUAAUGUUAGGUUAAUAUACCAGCAUAUGACAUUAAGCUAAAUGAUACAAAUAAGGACGAACAUUAUGGCAGCUCUUGAGCCAUAUAGUUUGUUUUUAUAUAGAUGUACAGUACAUGGAAAAUAAAAUGUUCAUUUUUGAUUUGCCAAACUCAGUUUUUCAAACUCAAUUAAAACAUGCGGUUGCAAUAAGCAGUCCUAAGACUUUUGUAACCUUAACAAUUUCUUCCUCAGAACAGAUAUCUUCCAAUUGGAAAUGAAUCAUCAUUGCAGGCUUUCUGUUUGAGGUUCUGCCACUCUAUAAAUGCUCUCGACCUUCCAAUCAAGCUGGAAACCUAAUCCUUGUACUUUCCCAUUUUCGUAAAAACACACGUAUUCAUUCCCUGUCUUACACAAACAGCUUGUGGUGAAUGAAACACAGAAUUAUUCAGACGUGUUUGGAUAUCCCACCAAGUGACCACACUAGCAGUGCUUGUUACUGCCUCUCCAUUAUGUGUUUGUCUGUUUUGCCAGACAGAUACAUCAUACAGUCGUGAUUGACUUCAUUAAUAUCCCCAAAAUGGUUUCACUACAAAGUCACCUGUCUUUUUCACACCAGUUUCAUUUUCAAGUAAGCAUGCAGUGGGUUAGAUCUGUAGUUUAACACUGUUAUGGUAUCCAUAAGCACUGUUUAAACUUAGUGGAAUCCACUCCGCUCAGUCCAGACCAACAAUGCACUGUGUUGGGCACUUACCACAAUCAUGUUAAUGUGUUUCAUUUUGUUUUUAUUUGAUUCUGUUCUCUUUUAAUUUGUUUUUCACAGCUGAGUUUAUUAUUUUGGUGCUCUGGUUCUCCAAAAACAGACAUCUGGUGUACUGUAUAUUUUCUCAAAGGCUCCUGGAAAUGAUUAUCUAAGAACUAAAAAUGUUACUUUCCUGAUAUGUAUUGUUUAGAAAUAAAACACUGGUUAAGUAAACUGAUAA